AUGUCUUCGCAGCAAGGAACCCAGGGUCCUCCAGCUGGAGCAUCUGGGCAAGCUGGACGAGGCCCCCCGUAUGCACCUCUGAAUGCCGGCUUGGGUGGAACACCUAUGAUCGUGCCUGAUGUGCCUGUCUCAGUCGUUUUACUUAUCCUAUACCUCAUGUUUGGUAUCAUCCACAUCAAGAUUCUGAAGGGCAACAAGGGUCGCGGGCAUAAGUUCAUAUUCAAUGGCGCUAUUCUUGGUCUCUGCAAGAUUCGAGUCAUUACAAUGUCCUUGCGGAUAGCAUGGUCCAACUAUCCUAGGAAUGUCGGUCUUGCUAUCGCAGCGAACAUCUUCGUCUACAUCGGUACCAUCAUCUUGUACGGUGUGAACUGGUUCUUCGUCCAACGCGUUGUCCGCGCCCAACACGCACGUCUAGGAUGGUCAACACCGUACCGCAUCUUCCACAGAGGCGGGCUUGUCGUGCUGGUAGCUACACUGCUCAUGCUCAUUGUCAGCCAGAUAUGGCAGUUCUUUACGCGCAACCAAAGUAAACUCGAUGCCUUCCACGUUUUGUUCGUCAUUGCGCAGACGUAUUUCACCAUAUUCUGCGUCGCACCAGCUAUUCUCGUCGGCGUCUCUCUCCUCAUCCCACGAACAGAAAUUGACAAGUUUGGUGCUGGCCGACUGAGAUAUAACAUCACCAUCCUACUCAUCUCGGUGUCCCUCCUCUCGAUUGGACAGAUAUUCAGAUGCGUAUUGGCUUGGAUUCCUGCAAUCCCAUUGGUCGAUGUCCAGCGCGGCAUUGUCGAGUUACCAUGGUACUUGAGCAAGGGAAGCUUCUACUGCUUCAACUUUGUUACUGAGAUCCUCGUCAUCAUCAUGUUCGCUGUAGUCCGUGUCGACCUACGUUUCUAUGUGCCAAACGGAGCAAGAAAGUCAGGCGACUAUUCUAGAAGUCGUAUCGACCUGCACGACGAGAACGAGAAGAAUCUACCUCUCCCAGCGCCCGUACUUCCUAUUUCAAUGCUGCAACCGAACGACUCAAACCAGACAUUGCACAGAUAUCAGUCCUCAGUGUUCGAGGAUACACAGACACUAGCUGAUUCGCUGCAAUACCCUCACUCUACACUAGAAGUGGAUGACAAGACAGGCAGCUGGAAAGUCAAGCGCCUCUCGGGCGAUUCUUCGAGAAGUCGGCAUACCACCAUUUCAUUCGCGACCUCCUCUAAAUCGACGCUAAACGACAAGACUCCGCGCGCCGAAGCCAACGUGCCUCCAGUUCCUGAGCUUCCUGCCGAGUGGCCAUUGCCAGCUUCUACCCCACCGCCGAAUGCAAGCUCCGUUUUGGAGCAUACAAACCCGCCCUCGCGCCGAGCUACACCACAACGAGAGACCUACGAACUUGAGCAUCACCAGUUAAACGAGAUAGACGUAGGUGAUGCGGUGACCGACGCCCUAGCAAAGUUGGAGAUGAAUAGUGAAAGACCAAAAUCUAGCCUUGCGACACCACCUCCAAGAUCACAUCGAAAGUCUCCAGUUCAGGUUUAUACGCCGACUCUACCCUCUACAAACGAUGGUCGCUCACCGUCUCGAAAUGCCCGCAAGCGAGUUACCUUUCCACAGAAAGAGGUCAUUCGCAGUCGCGCGAAUAGCGCUAACUCUCAGGGGGGUCGAAGAACCCCUGCUGUCGAAAAGAUACCCGAAAUUCCAAUUCAAAGGCCUACGGAGUCGUCGAUCAGACCUCCUCACCGCCCCAGUCCGGCAAGAAGUCCUAGUCUGGAGAUUAUCUCACUACUCAACCACAUGAGUAGCGAUUCUACUCGAAUCGUAGACGCAUCGCUCCAGCGAACACGUGCUGCCUCAGUCGCAGGAUCAGAGGAACCCAAGACGCCCAAGACUCCUAUCACCCCUGUCACACCCGCUUCCUACAUGAUGACACGACAGACAAGUUCAAAGUACAGUACUGAUAAUAGCUCGACGAGCUCCGAUGCAAGAGAGCGAGAAUUGGCGAGGGAGGAAUUCCGUCGUUUCAGCUCAGAAACGCCGCUCAGGUACUGA